AUGUCUGACACCGGCCGCAAGGAUUUCACUACCAAGGCUCAGGAGAAGAUUACUCCCGACGCCACCAAGUCCACCCAAGACAAGGUCAAGGAGACCUUCACCGAUACAACUGACCGUGUCACCCGCGGCACGCAGCCCGAUGACAACAAGGGCGCAGCCCAAAAGGCCUUCGACAAGGGCCAGCGUGCUCAUGACAAUGAGUCCCACGGUGGUGCCACCGAGACAAUUGGCCAGAAGGUCAAGAACGCCGUCGGCCUUGGUGAAAACUAG